CGUCGUAGUCGCGAGGGCGGGACGAGCGUUUAAAAACGAGAGAGAGGAGGGGGUUAGGGAAAAAAAGAGCCUCUUUCUGUUUGCGGUGUGGCUGCUGUGCUGUCAUUGCAGCCCAGCCUGCCGAGUAGCGCGGACGGGAGCGAGAGGGAGACGACGAACCACGUCUCCAUCCCGGGAUUUAUUGGCUGCAAGAGGACGGGCACACACAAAAGGGGGUGGAAAACAAAUCGCAUCUCGGAGACACUUUGGACAAUGUUUCUGUUGCAGUACACAGGACUCAAUGCUCUACCCUUUGAUCCGGCCACCAACAACGACCCCCUUCACUUUAACAGCUCCAGCGGAUCGCUGGUGACAGAGUGUCCACCUUUGGAAAACGCAUCUGAAAACAGCAAGAAAAGGAAACGAGCCAGCCAGCCUCCAGAGGGAAUCCACAACAUGACCAUGGAGUCCAACUCCAUAUCCAUGCCCAUGUCAGACCCCAACGCCUGGGCCACUGCCAUGAAUAACCUGGGAAUGCCUCCAAUAGGUAUCACAGGGCAGCCUCUGAUGCCAGAUUUUGACCCCAACCUCGGGAUGAUGACCGGGAUCACCCCCAUAAACCCCUUGAUGCCCGGCCUCGGCAUGGUGCCCGCGCCCCUGUCACAUGAUGUGCCUGUCGUCAAGGAGAUCAUUCACUGCAAGAGCUGCACCCUCUUCCCUCCUAACCCCAAUCUCCCUCCUCCAGCAACCAGAGAGCGCCCUCCAGGUUGCAAGACGGUGUUUGUCGGCGGCCUGCCCGAGAACGCCAAUGAACAGCUCAUCAUGGAAGUGUUCGGACAGUGUGGCGAUAUCACGGCCAUUCGCAAAAGCAAGAAAAACUUCUGUCAUAUUCGAUUCGCCGAAGAGUUCACGGUAGACAAGGCUCUCUUCUUGUCAGGUUAUCGUAUUCGUCUGGGAUCCAGCACAGACAAAAAAGACACCGGCCGUCUCCACGUGGACUUCGCCCAGGCCCGGGACGACCUCUACGAGUGGGAGUGUCGCCAGCGCAUGAUGGCCAGAGAGGAGCGGCACCGGCGCAAGAUGGAGGAGGACCGCCUCCGACCGCCCUCGCCCCCUCCCAUCGUGCACUUCUCAGAACAUGAGUGCAGCCAGCUGGGCGACAAGAUUAAAGAUGAUAGCAAGUUUGCCGAGGCAGUGCGCGUGCUGCUGACGUGGCUGGAACGAGGCGAGGUCAACCGCCGCAACGCCAACAGCUUUUACUCCAUGAUCCAGUCGUCCAACAGCCACAUCCGCCGCCUGAUGACGGAGAAGAGUCAGCAUGAAAAGGAGAUGGAGGAGGCCAAGGACAAGUUCAAGACAGCACUGUCUGGCAUAUUGGCUCAGUUUGAGCAGAUUGUGUCUGUAUUCCAAGCCGCUUCCAAACAAAAGGCAUGGGACCAUUUCUCCAAAGCGCAGCGCAAGAACCUGGACGUAUGGCGCAAGCAAGCAGAGGAGAUUCGAAAUAUGCACAAUGAGCAGCUGAUGGACAUCCGGCGCGAGGAGGAGAUGGAGAUGUCCGACGACGACAUGGAGGAGGCGCCAGACAGCAAAGACUCAGAGGACUCAGGCGUGCUUCAAGCCGAGGCCUUGAAGGAAGAGAACGACUCACUGCGCUGUCAGCUGGACGCUUACCGUAACGAGGUGGAGCUGCUCAAGCAGGAGCAAGGCAAGAAUCAGCCAAUGAGGAGCGAGGAAGACAGCACGCACACUCAGCAGCUCAGCUUCCUCCAGCAGGCGCUGCAAGGCAUGCAGAAGCAACUCUUGAAGAUGCGUGAUGAGCUGAAGCAGCGGGAGUGCGAGUUGGAGAAGAGUCUGGAGGACAGACAGCAGCUCAAACAUCAAGUUCACACACUGAAGGAAGGACUCCAAAACAUACAGAAGACACAGCAGGAACGAUCCAAACAAGACGACAGAGGCAGCGAGGAGGCAGCUAAUCAAACCAAUGAAAGUACAACAGUGUCUUGUUGUCAGGAGAGGGAAGGGCCAACACAGAGAAGGUCACCAAGUCCUGUCCACUCAGAGAGAGAAGCUCUACUCGUCGGGAUCAUCUCCACUUUCCUGCACGUGCAUCCCUUUGGAGCUAGCAUCGAGUACAUCUGCUCCUACCUGCAGCGCCUCGACACCAAGAUCAACCCAACUGAGGUGGAGGCUCUUCUCUCGCGGCUGCCCUGCACCUUCAGGCAGGAGCUGACGGGCGUGGGCGCCAGUCUGGAGAAACGUUGGAACUUCUGCGGAUUCCAGGGCAUCAAGAGCACGUAAGGGCGCGCGCGGGGGGAGCACCAAAUCCCUCCACGGCUGUCAAGACGCCGUCUCCACAGUUACAGGAAUGUUUACUUGACACAGUCGCGACUCUCUGGGAGUCGAGGCAGACGAUUCACUGGAUUCGUACGCGAGCACGACUCACCCACGUAGGUCGGGCCUCAAAGCUUUCUGAGCCUUUUUGGCGGGAGGGAGCAGGAAUACACUGGACUAUUACCUGCGGCGUCAUCAGGGUUGAACUCUUGGAACCUCCGAAACCCUGCAGCCUCCAUCCCGCCUCUUCUUUUUUAGUUUUAUUUUAUGUUGUCCUUCCUUGUUUGAACACAGAUUAUGAAAUGAUGAAAAAAGAUAUCAUAUAUUUCUUCAUUUUAUGUAAAGGCUGUGAAGAGUCAUAUAGAAUUGUUGUUAUACGCUGUACAUGCUUGGAUUGUAUUUUUGAUUAUAAAAAAUGAAUUUGAAUAUGCCUCUGUUUUGGUUUCAUUUUCAUGGACUUUCACUUUUAAUUUAGGGUAAAUUAAGUAAUAUAACAACUCAGAGAUUGAUAUAAUAUAAAUACUGUAUUGGCCCGAAUAUAAGACGGCCCAGAUUAUAAGACGACCCCCUCUUUUUCAAGACUCAACUUUGAAAAAAGACUUUUUGAACACCAAAUUAUUUCUAUACAGAAAAUAAUUACAGUACAUCUGAAACAAAUGAUUAUAACAAUA